AUGAGAAAUGUUAGACAUAGAAAUCUUAUCCCUGUGAUUACUACUUGUUCUAGUGAGUAUAUAAGAGCCUUUGUUCUGCAAUAUAUUGUGAUGCUUGAUGCAGCUAUGGCAAUUGAAUAUCUAUAUCAUUGUAAUGCAACUCCGAUAGUUCACUGCGACCUAAAGCCAUCAAACAUUCUUUUGGAUGAAGAUAUGGUGGCUCAUGUUGAAUAUGGCUUGGAGGGAACAGUAUCCACAAGUAGUGAUGUUUAUAGUUACGGCAUCAUGUUGAUGGAGGUUUUGACCAAAAGAGGGCCAACAGAUGAAGAGAUAUUCAAUGAAAAUCUAGACUUGAGGAAAUGGAUAACACAAUCAUUUUCAGGAACUAUCAUGGAAGUUGUGGAUGCCAAUCUUUUUCUUGAGGAAGAACAGAUCACUUCUAAAGGUGAAAUCUGCAUAGCUGCCAUGGUCGAGUUGGCUUUAUAUUGCACCAAGGAAAAUCCAGAAUCAAGAAUAACCAUGGAAGACGUAGUCAAGAGGCUUAACAAAAUCAAGAACACAUUUCUGGAAACGUAG